AUGGUUAUUCUAGGAGAACCCUUUGGGAGCUUUGUCUGUGUUGGAAGGGACACGGUGAAUACGGAAUCCUUGAUCCUUCCUUGCUUCCAGCCCUUGACUAUAUAUUCGGUCUUUGUCUUGACCGUGGCGGUUCGAACCCUGUUCCUGUCCAUCAUGGUACUGAACAAUCCUUUUGAGUAUCAAAGUGAACAGAUAUCCGUGGAUCACUUGUUGGCAUCAUCGGAACGCAGCAUCUUCUUCCACUUGAGGGCCAACUUUGGGCGGUCAGUCAGCAGCCAGGCCACCGGUAAAUAUGGUACAACUACAGAUGAUGAUGAGACAAGUCACACCGCCAGAGAAAGCAUUGCUAGCUUUGCCGAAGAAACUCGGCACUCCAUGGCAAUGAAAAGGUGGCAAGAACCAAGCAGCCACCACCAUCGUGGCAGCAGCCACCACCAUCGUGACAGUGACCGUACCCAAAAGAGCCAAUCCAAUGUCAGUUUUGCCAACGAUCUGGUGUUUUCCAACAGCAGCCAUGAUCCAAAAGGGACUAGACCGAGCGAUGCCUCUUUUGGUCUCGAGGAACUGGCCAGGAUGCAGAACAGCAAGGUCAGCUUUGCAGAUGUCUUGGUGGAGGAAAUGACACCCUUGACAAGCAAAGCCGAUAACGAUGGCAAUCGCAGCCAUGCUGCCACCUUUAUGACAAAGGGGCCCGGCGUCAAGGGAUUCCUACGAAGCCUUUCCGACGGAAGCAGAGGCAGUGGCAAGACCUUUCGGACUGUUUCCAAGCAUGCUAGCAACUCAUCGACAGACCUGGAUGCAGCAGGACCUCGGUCAAUACUUCGUAGGUCGUGGACAUCCGGUUCUUCAUCGUUGACUUUUCCUUUGCCAGACACCGAACUUGAGCAUGACGAGCCGAGUGUGACCAGCUUUGUUUCGUCUAGCUCUGGUACCUGGUAG